CAUCCAUCAUUCAUUUUGUUUUGAUUUCGAUCGCAUGGGUGUUUAAAAUAAGUUUUUGUUUUUAUUAUUAUGGAUUCAACAGAUGAAAUAAAUGAUGAAUUUCUAUUACAAUGUGUGGCAAACUACAAACCCUUGUAUGAUAAGGGGGAUAAAGGGUACAAAUCCGUAAUCCAAAAAGAAAAUUGUUGGGCAUCGGUAGCAAGAUCGUUAAAUACUUCAGGUAAAAAACGAUAUUGUUUUAUUAUUUCCAAAUUUAUGUAUUGUGUAAAUGUUUUAGUUUCGGCUGUAAAGGCAAGGUUUAAAGCCUUAAGAGAAAAAUACAGGAGAGAACUCAUAAUUGAGGAAAAAUUAAAAAGAAGUGGCGCACCAGCCUCCACAAGACCGAUAUGGCCACUUUUAAGCUUUUUAAAGUUUAUGUAUAAAUGUGGUACAGAACAACAAAGGGCCACCACAUCAAAUUUUGAAGUGGACACUGUGGAUAGUGAGACAAGCAAUGAACCAAAUACUGAUUAUUAUUGUGGCACGGAUGAUGACUCAGAACUAAUAGAGAUUGAUCAUAUAAAUACAGAAAUGCCUACAGCUAAUGUUGCAACCCCAACAACAAGUGAGGUUGCAACAAGUUCAGUAGCCAGCAUUCAGACUUCGAGCGGUGGAAAAAAAAGGAAGCUUGCUUAUGGGGCAACGAAAGAAAUAGAUUCUGUGCUAACUGAUGUUUCAGAAGCAAUUAAAAAUACAAAGGCAAGCUGUACCAAAAGCAGAUAAAUAUGACUGUUUUGCACAAUAUUUAAAAACAGAAUUGCAUGAAAUUGGGGAGCCACAUGGUUCAAUUUUACUUGAAGAAAUUCAACUCCUCAUAAUUAAUUAUAAAAGAUCCCUUCGGGAUAAGAAUUUAUAAUUUAAAUGUGUUUGCAUUAUUUAUUAG